CAUGCGACUGUUACGCAUAACGUAGGCGACUGGAAACUGUGCCGAGUUUGGAUCUCCGAGGAUCGAGUGUAAAUCCCGGGGAUGGCGGAUCACGAGGAGCCCCUUGUGGCGGAGCAGCAAGCGGAGCCCGGUGCAGAGAGUAGUUCCCCGCCAGAGCGGAGCGGACACGUAGCUGUUACCGACGGAACCCGAAUGUUCGUGUGGGGAGGAUACCAGAACGCUCCGGUACAAGAAUUCUAUGACUUCUACUUGCCUCGGGAUGAAAUCUGGAUUUACGACAUGGUAAACUGGGCGGCCUGGCAGAAGAGGAAAACCAAGGGCAAUGUCCCGCCAGCUAUGUCCGGCAGCUGUGCCGCCUGUGUGGACGGAGUGCUGUACCUGUUUGGUGGUCAUCAUGACCAUGGAAACACCAACAUGCUUUUCAUGUUAAAUCUGAUCCCUAAAGAUGGCGACUUGUACUGGGAAAAGCUAGAGUGUAAAGGAACUCCGCCGUCUCCGAAGGAUAAACUCGGGGUGUGGGUUCAUCAGAACAAGCUUAUCUUCUUUGGUGGAUACGGCUAUUAUGAAGAAGAGGCUUUCCUGUCAUUUGAGUUUGACGAAUCCUCAAUUGGAAAUUUCGGUCUUCCAAGGGGUUGGAACAAUCAGGUCCACGCUCUCCAUCUCGACAGCCUCACCUGGCAACGCAUUGUGACCACGGGUGAAAGCCCCUCUCCCCGGGCCGCUCACGCCUGCGCCACUGUUGAAAAUCGAGGUUACGUGUUUGGCGGUAGAUACAAGGACUUCAGAAUGAACGACCUCUAUUAUCUGAAUCUUGAUACCUGGGUGUGGCAGGAAGUGAUCCCGCGGGGUGUAAUUCCGGUGGGCAGAUCCUGGCAUACGCUGACACUAGCCUCCCAGGACACCCUGUUCCUCUUUGGAGGAUUUACCACCAACAAACAACCUCUUAGUGACUCUUGGAUGUACAGUAUUAAAAUGAACCGGUGGAUUCCCUUCCAGAGCAGCCAUGCUGGUAAACCAAGGUUGUGGCAUACGGCGUGCGCCAGUAAAGAGGGGGAAAUAAUUGUCUUCGGAGGAUGUGCCAACAAUCCACUUACCCAUGACAAGGCGGCUCACAGUAAUGCCAUUCUCGUGUUCCCGGUGCAGCCAAGGUCACUACUUAGACUGACCCUAGAGACUGUGGUUGCCUUCAGAGAGCUCCUGUCCGGCUCGUUGGACUCUCUCCCUCAGCACUUGCUCCGCUAUGUGCGGCAGAGGCUCGCCAGUGUUACCACAUGCGGGUCAUGAAGCGCACGAGCAGCAGCGGUUUGUUCACACACGAGGCGCAGACCCUGCCGGGUGCACAGAGGUCGCCUCGGUUUCGUUUCUUUCCUGUUCAGUGUAAAUAUGUUUAAUAGAUGUGGAUACUGAAGGCCGGUUCUGUUCUUGUAUUGGGAGCCAGUGUUUUUGCUCCAGUCCCUGCACUUUUUUUUGGGGGGGGGGGGGGGGUCUUCCACCCCUGGCUCCUAUUGUAGCGCACAAUUUACCC